CCAGCCUGACCCAUUUUCUGUAGUUUUCUGCCAUUUCAUUUUGAUGCGCGUGAAUCGUAACGGGACAACAUGGCGACGCAGACGGCCCGCUACUACAGUGAAGGCGGCAGAGCUACAAAACGCCAAAAAACGGAAACCGAGGGCGGCAUGGCGACCGAGGACUAUGUUGACCCACACAAGACCCUGCCCUCUCUUGUGGUGCAUGUCCGGGGUUUAGUGGACGGUGUUUUGGAGGCAGACAUCGUUGAAGCCCUGCAAGAGUUUGGAGCCAUCAGUUACGUUGUUCUCAUGCCUAAGAAGCGUCAAGCCCUGGUUGAAUAUGAGGAUAUGAAUGGGUCUUGCAAUGCUGUUACUUAUGCCAACGACAACCAGAUCUACAUUGCCGGACAUCCUGCGUUCGUAAACUACUCUACCAGUCAGAAGAUAUCCAGGCCGGGAGACCCUGAUGAUUCCCGCAGUGUUAAUAAUGUUUUGCUAUUGACAAUCAUGAACCCAAUUUAUCCAAUUACCACGGAUGUUCUCUAUACUAUUUGCAACAACUGUGGACCUGUUCAAAGAGUCGUCAUCUUUAGGAAGAAUGGGGUCCAGGCCAUGGUGGAAUUUGAUUCCGUUCAGAGUGCCCAAAGGGCCAAGGCCUCACUCAAUGGGGCUGAUAUAUACUCUGGCUGUUGCACACUAAAGAUCGAGUAUGCCAAGCCUACACGCCUUAAUGUGUUCAAGAAUGACCAGGACACAUGGGACUACACCAAUCCAAACCUGAGCAGCCAAGGUGCAGAUGCUGAUGGCAAUGGGGGCAAUCAAGAUAUGAACGCCAACCCCAACAAGCGCCAGAGGCAGCCGGCUCUGCUGGGAGACCACCCUCCAGAGUAUGGUGGGUAUCAGGGAUACCAAGACGAGAGCUAUGGCUAUGAAGGGCGACGGAUGGGGCCCCCGAUUGGUGGUCCAAGGCGUGGUGGAACCAGUCAGCGUUACGGUGCACAGUACGGCCCCCCACCUCCGCCCCCCGGUGAAUAUGGCGCACAUGCAGACUCACCGGUGAUCAUGGUCUAUGGCCUGGAUCCCUUAAAGAUAAACGCAGACAGGGUCUUCAACAUCUUCUGCCUGUAUGGAAACGUGGAGCGGGUGAAAUUCAUGAAGAGCAAGCCUGGAGCUGCUAUGGUGGAGAUGGGAGACUGCUAUGCUGUGGAUCGUGCCAUCUCGCAUCUCAACAACAACUUCCUGUUCAAUCAGAAGCUCAACGUGUGUGUGUCUAAGCAGCAGGCCAUCAUGCCCGGUCAGUCCUAUGAGCUGGAAGACGGCUCCAGCAGCUUCAAAGACUUCCACGGGAGCAGAAAUAACCGAUUCACUUCUCCAGAGCAGGCGGCAAAGAACCGCAUUCAGCAUCCCAGCAACGUCCUACACUUCUUCAACGCAGCACCAGAGGCGUCACCAGAAACCUUCACCAUGAUCUGUGAAGAACUUGGUGUAAAGAGCCCUUCCAAUGUCAAACUAUUUGCAGCUAAAGGUUCCACAUCAGAGAGGAGUUCGUCAGGGCUUCUGGAGUGGGAGUCUGUUAAUGACGCCAUGGAAGCUCUUGCUAUGAUAAACCAUCACCAGAUGAAAAACCCCAACACAACCUGCUCUGCUCACGUGAAGACUCCACAAUUUGAUGGCGGUGGCCCGUACCCAUAUACACUCAAGCUGUGCUUCUCUACUGCACAGCAUGCAAACUGAACAGCAUCAUCAUCAUCAUCAUCCCAGUCCCAGUGUCUUCGCUCACUCCAUCACUUCAUCUUCCUGCUACUUUAGUGUCCUUUAAUGGCUCAUUUGUGUAAGUGGGUGUGCAGACGUGUUGAUUGAGCCGUAGCAUAAACUGACAGUAAAACUGACUGAACUCUGUUUUUAACGGAAGAGAAGAGUUGAAAUGCUUUUGUACCAGUAUUGGGGUUUUGUGAACGAUGUUUUUUUUUUUUUGUAUGUUGCUUACUAUGAUUGAUUGACUGUUAGUUCUGGGCUCAGCACCUUAGUUUUAGAAACGUCUCCCUGUAAAGACAGCAUUGUUUUUUUGUUUUGUUUUUUUGAUUAUCAAAUUAAAAUAGUUAUAAUGGGUCUCUGUUAUUGCUUUUGCAAGGGAACAAUUGUGACUCAUUUUUUAAAAAUGUUUAAACUUUUGUUUGAUUUUUUUUUUUUCCCUCAAAAGCUGCCUGGAUGUUAUUGCCCAGUGUAUAUUUGGAAUCUGGAAAAUAAAAUGUAUUCAGUUUAAUAAAGAAAUAAUCUGUGUAU